CUGAGAAUUAAGUUGCUAAUUUAACUUAAUUUGAGAAAAGCCCCCAACCAUUGACCUCUCUCUCUCUCUCGCUCGUUUGCUCGAAUUUGAGAUCGCUAUUCAAAACCAGAGCCUCACAUGACAUUCAGAUAAGUAAUUCAUUGGGAUUUGAUUGAUCAUAUCUGGGCACGAAGAAGAUAGUGAGAGUACGAAUCUAUUUGGAUGUUUUCAGAAUCUGUUUUCUGAAAAUUACUAAAAACUAAUUGGGUAAAACCCUCACAGUUUCUAUAUAUAUGUGUGUGUAUUGCAAAAAUAAUAUUUGAAAAUUCAAAAACAUGAACUAAAUUUUAGUAUUUUUUUGGUAAAAACACAGAUUCUGAAAACGAAACCAAACAGAGUGUGAAUAAUGGAUGAUUUGGGUACCAAGCGGCGAUUACCCCUAUGGAUGUUGGGUGUAGCUGCUUCUGACCAAGUAAGCAAAUCUGAAGAAGAAAACAAACAUGUAAAUAACAAGGUGAAAGAAGGAAUAGCAUCCCAAUCUCUUCGGUCCAAGUCCAAGUCGACAGCAGGGAUUAAACGGAUUAAAAAAGACAUUCCUCUUGGGGUUUCAGAUCAGGAACCUUCAGAGGUGAACACUUGUUUACUCACGAAAUGUGAGUCAAAGAAACGAAGAAAAAAAUUAUGCCGUGAAGAAGAUGUAGGUAGUGAUAGUGAAUUCCGCGAAACUGUGUUUGAGAAGAAAAGAUGCACCAGAGGUGGGAGAAAAACUCGGGAAUGUGCUCGUCAAAAACAACAAGAAGCAAAGAGUUUGAGGUCUGAGAGUAGUGAGGAAAUUGAAAAUCCAUCUCCGGGUGAAGGUGAUGGAGAAUUAACCAUGGAAGAUUUAAUGAGCAUUGCACAAGAGUAUGUGAGAACUGAUGAACAUAGCGAGAAAAAAUGGUCAUCACAUGGAGAACAUGAAGUCGAAAGACCACAUACAACUAUUGCCUUAUCCGGGGAUGAGUCAGGAGGGCUUCCCAAUGCUCUUCAAAGCAACAGGAGAUCACCAACACAUAAAGAAAUAGUGUCUGUUCAUAAUUCAACUGGAACUUUGGCACUUGAAGAAAGUGUAGUCAAUCCCAUUAGAACAGGAGACCCUGCUCAAGACAUGCUAGAUCUGUUUUUGGGUCCCUUGCUGAAGAAACCCCGUGUGGAGAAAAACAAGAUUGAGUUAAUCACAGAGGAUAUGAUGUUCUCCUGUGAGUUUGAAAAACAAAGGCAGAAUAACAUUGGUGCAGAGGAACUAGUCCCAUUGACAAAGAAGAAAAGCAGUCUCAAGGACAAAGUGGCGAUGUUUCUUGACUGAAUAAGAUGCUCAACUCUGUUAUCUGUUAAUAUAAACCAUAUGGUACAGCGAAGCAGGAUUCUGUACGCCAUUCUGUUGAUCUUUGUACAAUUGUUAGUUGAUUUUUAUGACUACUCAUCCCAAUAUCAUAAUCCUGUAGGUGCAUCAUCUACACCUAUUAAUCUUUCUUUUCAUUUGAAGGGUGUGCAGAAAAUUUAUGAUAGUUGUGUUAUUAAUUGUUUAGUCACUCUCACUCAUAAUUUGUAAUAGUGGUUGUUGUUGGUUUUUUUUGUUUUCUCUC